AUGGAAAAGAUUAAUGAUUUGAUUAAUCUUUCGUUAUUAGAACAAAAUGUAACACAACGGAAUGAAUUUAAAAUGGUCAGAAUGAUUAAUUUUAUAAAAGAAGUAAAACAAAACCCACCAGAUACUUAUUUAGAUUUUUUAACAUUAAAAGUUAAUCUUUAUAAUGCGGUGAUUUGUUUAUUUAUCUCAAUUAUAUUACUAAUAUUAACUCCAUUGUCAUAUAAAAGAAUAAGAAUUAUUCCAUCAAUAUUCUUAAUGUCUUUAGUUUAUCUUUCACUUGUUCCAGUAUAUGCAUUUGAAAUGCCUUCAGAAUUAGUUGAUUUGAUGUUUAAUAGGAAAUAA